AUGCCUACUAUCACCGUGGACAAGGCUGCCCUCUUCCAGGCACUGGGCAGAGAAUACACAACUGACGAGUUCGACGAGUUAUGUUUCGAUUUUGGUAUUGAACUGGAUGAAGAUACAUCACUCACGGAGAGACCCGUAGUCAACGGAAAGCAAGAACCGCCCCAGUUGAAAAUCGAAAUUCCCGCCAAUCGGUACGACAUGCUCUGCUAUGAAGGCAUUCAACUCAUGCUGAAUGUCUUCAACCGCAAGAUCCAAGCUCCGAAGUAUGUCUUGAAAGCUCCACCAAAUGGUGAAUUGCAGUCGAUCACCGUGGCCAAGGCAACUUCCAGCAUAAGACCUUACGUCUCAGGUGCGAUUCUGCGAAAUAUCAAGUUCGACCAAGCCAGAUACGAGUCCUUCAUCGACCUGCAGGACAAGCUACAUCAAAAUCUGGCAAGACAGCGGACUCUUGUUGCCAUUGGUACCCAUGAUCUCGACACCAUCAAAGGACCUUUCACAUAUGAAGCAUUGCCUCCAAAGGAUAUCAAGUUCACUCCAUUAAAUCAGAGUAAGGAGAUGAACGGCGAGGAACUCAUGACUUUCUACGAAAAGGACAAGCAUCUUGGCCGCUAUCUGCACAUCAUCAGAGACUCCCCAGUAUACCCAGUCAUCUACGACUCAAACCACGAUGUCUGCUCGCUACCUCCGAUCAUCAAUGGUGACCAAAGCAAGAUAAGCAUCAACACUACAAACGUCUUCAUUGAGUGCACGGCCACCGACAAAACCAAAGUCGAAAUGGUCAUCAACGUCCUGGUCUCCAUGUUCUCGCAAUACACCUCGGAGAAAUUCACCGUCGAGCCCAUCCAAAUCAUUUCCGAACACAACGGCGAGUCCAGACAAGUCCCUGAUUUGACACCUCGCUCCACACAGGCUGAAGUGGACUACAUCAAUGCCUGCUGUGGCCUCUCCCUCUCCCCAACCGACAUAUGCAACCUCCUCACUCGCAUGUCAUACACGGCCCGACCCUCUAAAUCCGAUCCCAACCUCAUCGACGUUGACAUACCACCCACACGUGCUGACAUCCUGCACCAAGCCGACAUCAUGGAAGACGUCUGCAUCGCCUACGGCUUCAACAAGCUCCCAAGAGCCUUCCCCAAAGUCGGCGCCACCAUCGCUGCGCCACUCGCGAUCAAUAAGCUCUCGGACAUCCUACGCCUCGAAGCCGCCAUGGCCGGGUGGUCUGAAGUUCUCACUUUGAUCCUUUGUUCGCACGACGAGAACUUCAGCUGGCUGAACCGCACAGACGACGGAUCAACAGCGGUGCGGCUCGCGAAUCCCAAGACGGCGGAAUACCAGGUCGUGCGGACGACGCUGAUCCCGGGCCUGUUGAAGACGAUCCGUGAGAAUAAGCACCACUCGAUCCCGAUCAAGAUCUUCGAGGUCAGCGACGUCGCCUACAAAGCCCCCGACCUUGAGCGCAAGUCCCGUAAUGAGCGCCACUUUGCAGCUGCCUGGUAUGGCAAGACCUCAGGUUUCGAGGUCGUCCAUGGCUUGCUCGACCGCAUUCUUGCCAUGUUAAAGACCGCAUUCGUUACGAGGGAGGAGGGACUUGAGGCUAAGAACGGUACCGCGGGAAGUAGUAUCCAGUAUUGGAUUGAGGAGCUCAACGAGCAAACUUUCUUCCCUGGCCAUGCUGCGAGUAUACAUGCUAUGAUCGCGGGCAAGGAUGUCGUGAUUGGCAGUUUCGGAAUCCUGCACCCUUCGGUCUUGGAGAAGUUUGAGUUGAAAUAUCCUGUCAGUGUGCUGGAGUUCAAUGUGGAGGUUUUCCUGUGA